GCGUGCUCGCCCCGAUUCGCGCCUGUCGUUGGCGGCAGUGCGGCUUAUCGCCCGAAUUGGAGACGGCUGCCCGGGUCCCUCGCGUGUCACGGACUGUCGGCGCGUAACGCUCCGCGAUAUCGUCGCCAACAACCGGCGGUGGAGAUCGUCGCCCGUGAUCUUCGUCGCCAGCGGACCCGCGCGACGAGCCUCUCCGUCGGUUUUCGCGCCCCGAUGGGUGGGAAGCGCCGCAGGUGAACCCCGACCACCCGCUCCUGUCGACCGGCGAGGCGAGGAUUCCCGCGGUCGGACGGGAUCGCCUCUUCGUGCCGUGUAUAUAUAUUGGCCCCCUCUCGCGUCCGUGCGCACGGGUUCGCAUACGCGGAGGAAGUGUCGCCCGGUUUCCUCAAGUUCGAGGACGUGCUUUAAAAAGGUGGGCUUUAAAAGCAACCGGCAACUCCGGGACGAGGGAAUUCCACGGGCCCCGGCGUUACUUGUCCCGGGUAACGUACGAGCAAUACGCAAUAAUAAGCCAACGUCGCGCACGUGCCUGACGUCGAUUCGACGAUAAAUUCGAGAGAUCGCAUUCCUCGUCCGCAUUCCCCGGACUCGGCUCGUCCGAGAACGAGCUGCUUGUCGCAUCUGCGCAAAGUGUAACGUCGCCGAUCAACAGUCGUCGGGAUGGACGGAGGAUCGUCUCCUGGGGCGCCCAUCGGCGAGGCAACGAACGCGGAUCUCGAGUCGCCGAUGUCCGCUAUCGCCAGCGAUCUGUCGAGAUCGUCACUGGAUUCCGGCAGUGCGAAGAAGCGUCACCUCCCACGUACAAGAGGUACCUUCGGCACCUCUCAUCGCGUCAACGAUCAGAGAAGCGAAAGUCUUUCAUUUACAAAGAACGAGACUCCUCAGGAUUCGGAAGCUAAAUACAUUCCGGAUCUCGUGAGCUCGUUGAACGCACAUGGUGGCUGGCGAGGGACCCAUGGGCAUCAUGACUGUAACAAGGAGAACGGUGGCGCUGCCGUGUACAGCCAUACUCCGCAAAGAGCACGCAGUAAUAAGAAAAUACGGCAACCCUUGGAAAUUUACGAGGAGAACAGCCAGGAUAGCGGUCAUCCGUCGAGCCCUCUCAGCGAGAAGGAGAGGCGCCAGCGCCGACUCUUGGAGCUUAUGUCUGGAGCGGCUGGAGCGCGGAAUCAUGAAUCUGUGGAGUGUCCACUGUGGCAAGCCCCGUACACCACAAGGCCUUCAACUUAUGGCCCGAAGUUCACAAGCUCGUCCCUCUUGCGUAGCCUGUCGUCGGGAUACGAGAGCAUGGACGACGGACUCGUGAGCGAACUCAAUGACAUGGAGACCACGGAUGAGGAGGAGAUGCAGCUACCGAGCGGCAUCGCGAAGCUGAUCUCUGGCGACUUAGUCGGGUCAGAGGCGUCAACGGACUACGACGUCUCGACGACCCCCGAUUUCUCCCGAAACAUAUCGUCCAGGGAGAAAAAGUGGUCGGUACGGAGCGGCAUGUACAAGCGGAGCGUCAGGACGUUAUCGUCGCCGCUGGCGAGAUCGCCGUUGCCGGUGAGGUCGCCGUUGCCGGUGAGGUCACCGUCACUGGAAAGGACACCGCGGCUGGCCGUGUCACCGCUGGAGAGGGUGCCGCUGUCCAAGAUCCGCACCUGCCUGUUUCGCUCGCCCACGGCGACCUGUUCGAAGAGGUCGAUGAUGAGGACGUACAGCUACGACGAGGCCGUGGCGCACUACAGACUACAAAUGGAGAUCUCGCCCCAUUCCGUUAGGUCCUACAAACGGCCGUCGGAAGACCUGUUGGAGAACGAGACGUCGAUAAUGAAAAGAUCCCGCAAGUCCAACGGCUUGCUCUCAGACACGACGCCCGUGUCUGUGAGACGCUCGAGCACGCACUCGCAGAUCGCUCUGCAGAGAAGCAUGUCCGAGACGAUGUCGAGUCCAAACGAGACGCAUACGAACAUCAAGUGGGCGAUCCACCGCAGUAUCACCGACAACGAUCUCAUCGGUGACUUCAGCAAGCCGUGUAUACUGCCGCUCACGAACGGUCUGCAUGGAGACCUGAAGACCAUCACGUCCAACACGGUGGCGGCGCUCUUACGCGGCGAGUUUGUCGACCGCGUUGCUUCCUACAAGAUCAUUGAUUGUCGAUACCCGUACGAGUUCGAGGCGGGCCACAUCAAGGGAGCGGUGAACAUCUACAACAUGGACCUCGUCCAGCAGGUCAUGUUGAAUCAUCUAACCGCUAUCACUCCCAGGAUCCAGCUCGACACCGACAAGCGCAACAUACUCGUGUUCCACUGCGAGUUCUCGUGGGAGCGCGGGCCGAAUCUCUCGAGGGUUCUGCGCAGACUGGACCGCGCGUGUAACAAGGAGCACUAUCCGGCACUGUACUACCCAGAGAUUUACCUCCUGCUUGGAGGCUACGAGAAAUUUUACAGCGAGCAAAAGGAGUUCUGCAUGCCGCAGGAUUACAAACCGAUGAAAGACCCCAAUCACGAGGAGGAAUGCCGAUUCUUUCGCAGCAAGUGCAAGAGCUGGCAGGCGGAGAAGACCAAAGGGAUCAGCCAGACAGUGCGAACAAAUCUCGAGCGUUUGGCCUUUUAAAUGGACACUCGUCUUUCCUUUUUUGCGUUUAAUCUAAUUUAAGGUCCAAUAUCCCUCCCCCGUCGUACUAGUCGCGAAUCAUUAGACGUUGAACGUCCUCAGAGACGGUAUUAUCAAACACGCGCGCGCCACGCGCGUCGCUAAAGUGCAAACGGCGUAAAGAGAGUAUUCGUUCAUUAUUUUUUUUUUAAUUUUCGAUCGCUCUUUGCGCUACAACAAUGUGACUGACUCGAGGAAUUUUCUACGAGUGUCUUACAUACAAUUAAAAUGUAAAUGUAAAUGUCAUUCGACCAUAUUUAGAUUCUAAUCGAUCUUAACACUUACGGAUAAUUAAUUUAGCAGCUUAGCGCGGAUACCGAGAUCGAUCAGAAUUUACAUUUGGAUUGUACUUUCGACAAUGACAAUUUAGGCUGUAUGGUGAUAUAUCGUUGCGGCUUUCCACGCACUCAUACGUAAUCCCACCGAGAUCGAAAUUUGUACAUAGAAAAAUUUUACACAUCGGGCAGGAUCAUACGACUUCACGUUAUUCUGUAAUUGAGAACAUUCUCUGUAAUCAAACAAUGCAAUACUCCGACGUGCCGGCCCGAGAAGUGGCAGAGUAGUCGAAUAAUGUCACGAACAUACGUUGCAAAUUGUUUUUUUUUUAAGGCUCACAACACCUCGGGCGGCAUUUCAUUGUGUAUAUAGGACAUACGAUUGGGGUUUCAACGACUUAAUUACGUCGAUCCCUUCUCUCUUUCUGUCGGUAUUGCUUUGCCAAUUUCUUCUAAAGCAAACGCUUACGGUCGACUUUGAAAAUUCCAAAGGCGUUACUAAUUCGUUGUUGCAAUUCGAUGAAAAAAUGUAUUAUUAAUAUACACACACGGAAGAUUAAUCCUUGAGUACUUGUGUUGGACCAAUGUGAUUUGAUGGACGUGUCUUUCCGUUGUACUUUUUUUUAAAAAAGAAGAAUGGAAGAGCUAGUCUUGCGCGCGCCCGAUAAGAAAAUUUAAAUUUUACAAGGAUUUUGCACAAAAUCUGCUUGUUUUCUCUCGGAUUCCACUUUAAGAAAUCGAGAAGAGAGAACUUUUCCUCUCGUGAGUACUUGAGGGUUAAUCAAUAAUCAUCAUCAUAAUCAUCAAUUAACUACGUCAAAUUUUUCUAUCGAGCCAAGUGAUACAAAUACUAUUGAAUGUGCAAAUUUUUUUGUUGUUACAUUGUAAAAAUUAUUUUUACGUUACAUAGAUAAAUAUUUACGCCAUGCAAUGCAAAUAUUGUA